AUGCUCUUUUUUCUCACUUUCUUCCUUUGGAGGAUCUACAGACAUUUAUCAGUCAUGUUCAGCUCAGACCGUCUGACGGUGCCCGAAUACGUCAGCCGACUCCAGCGCGGGAGGAGCGGCUCCGGGGCCGAGCAGCCGAGACCGGUGUCUCCGGGGAUCCACGCUGACGUGCAAGCGGCUUUGGACGGCGCACUGCCCGCUCUGCGCUCCGCCAUUCAGCGGCUGAAACGCGCCAAGGAAACGUCCGAAUCUGACGAGACGCGCAGGGCCAUCGCGGAGAUCUACCAGUUAGUGGAGGAAGCCUGGGUUCUCCCCGCAGUGGGGCGUCAGGUGGCCGAAGCGAUCUGCAACAGGAUCCGGCUGGACGGAGCCCUGGAGCUCCUGCUACAGCUCCAGCAGACACCUGCUGUGGAGAUCACCUACGAGUCUGCUAAACUUCUGGAGCAGAUACUGGUCUCAGACAACAGAGAUUACGUAGCCCGUCUAGGGUUGGGGGUGAUCCUCAACUUGACCCGGCAGCAAGAAGAUGCCCAGCUGGCACGUAGUGUGUCAGGAAUCCUAGAGCACAUGUUCAAACACACCGAGGAGACGUCUGUCCACCUCAUCAAAAAUGGCGCCCUCGAUGCUCUGCUGUACUGGUGCAGGGGUACGGACCCCACUGUACUGCGUCACUGUGCUGUGGCCUUGGCCAACUGCGCCAUGUACGGCGGCCACCGCUGCCAGAGAUGGAUGAUCGAGAAGCAGGCCGCUGAAUGGCUCUUUCCUCUGGCCUUCUCCAAAGAAGACGAACUCAUUCGCUUCCACGCGUGCCUGGCCGUCACAGUCUUGGCAGCAAACAGAGAAAUCGAGAAGGAGGUGGUGAAAUCCGGCACCUUGGAGUUGGUGGAACCCUUCAUUGCAUCUCUAGACCCAGAUGAUUUUGCUCGCAGUUUGUCAGACAGCGCAGACUGCAUGCAGGGGAAGACAGCGUCUGACCUGCAGCACCUCUUGCCCCUUCUGGAUGGAACAAGACUAGAAGGAAAGUGUAUCGCGGCCUUCUACCUCUGCGUUGAGACCAGCAUCAAAUCCCGACAACGCAACACCAAGAUUUUUCAAGAGAUUGGAGCAGUGCAAAGCCUAAAAAGAAUCGUGAUGUACUCCAGCAAUGGAACGGCCUGUUCACUAGCCAAGCGCGCGCUCAGAAUGAUGGGAGAGGAAGUUCCCAAGCGCAUCCUGUCUUCUGUGCCGAAUUGGAAAACGUGCGAAGUGCAGACCUGGUUGCAGCAGGUUGGCUUCAGCACAUUCUGCGACCGCUUCCAGGAGCUCCAGGUGGAUGGGGACCUUCUGCUGAACAUCACAGAGGAAGAUUUGAGUCAAGACCUGGGCAUGACUGCUGGCAUAUGCCGCAAGAGGUUCCUUAGAGACCUUCGUGUGCUCAAAACGUAUGCCAACUAUGCCACGUGCGACCCACACAAUAUGGCUGACUGGCUGACGGAGGCAGACCCUCGUUUCCGCCAGUACACGUACGGUCUCGUCCAGUCGGGAGUGGACCGCAACAACAUCCAAACCUUGACGGAUCAGCAACUCUUGCAAGACUGUCACAUACUCAAUGGAGUCCACCGGGCCAAGAUCCUCGCAAUCAGUCGGAAACCGCUGAGACCCUGCAACACGGACGCCCAGCCUGCGGGACCAGAUGUGUUCAUCAGCUACCGCCGGACUACCGGAUCUCAACUAGCAAGCCUUCUAAAGGUGCAUUUGCAAGUUCGAGGGUUCAGUGUCUUCAUUGAUGUGGAAAAGCUGGAGGCUGGUAAAUUUGAAGACAAACUGAUUCAGAGUGUCCAGCGAGCUCGGAACUUCAUCCUGGUCCUGUCUGCCAACGCUUUAGACAAGUGCAUGGGGGACACAGCCAUGAAAGACUGGGUGCAUAAGGAAAUAGUCACCGCCUUGGCUGGUAAGAAGAACAUUGUCCCAGUUACGGAUUACUUUACAUGGCCCGAUCCCAUGUCUCUGCCAGAGGACAUGAGAUCAAUUCUCAACUUCAAUGGCAUCAAAUGGUCCCAUGAAUAUCAAGAGGCCUCAAUUGAGAAGAUCCUCCGCUUUCUAAAGGGAAACCAAGACCUCCUUGAUAGCACCAAAGAGCAAAAGAAGAAGUGA